UGUUCACCCAUCUUUGUAAGCAAAAGUACAAUGUUACCGACAUGAUAAGAGCAAGGUUGGUCACUUAUUAAUAUACGUGCACACUUUUCUGCUUCUUUCCGUGGCAGAUUCACUUUUUUCCUCGGAACAAAAGCUUCAACAUAGCAAAGAUAACCACUAACAUCUUAAGGGUCAUUGAUGGAAGCAGCUGGGAUUUUCACUGUUGGUGGAGCUAACUGAUUUUUUUUUAAUCACUUUGUGCUAUGGAAUUCAGUAAAUCCUUUUUGAAUCAUAAAGUAACUAAGUCCUCUCCUUCCCCUGCACUGUGUUGUGUGGAGACAGUGCCUAAAGAUGAACAAAAUUCUCAUGUUACAGCUUUUAAUUCAGGAGAUGGAUCUACCAAUUCCUGUAAUGAAUCGUCUUCAUCAACUACCAUCCGCGAUGUACAUAUAUCAAUGCGGUUAAUGGAGGACUUUCUUGAUCUUGCUAAAGAAAAUACAGAAAAGGAUCUUGAAACGUGCGGUAUACUCGGUGCCUUUCUGGAGAAAGGAACCCUCUAUAUGACUACACUAAUCAUACCGAAGCAGGAAUCAGCAUCUAAUUCUUGUAACGCUACAAAUGAGGAGGAAGUUUUCACAAUUUUCAAUGAAAGAUCCCUUUAUCCUGUUGGAUGGAUCCAUACGCACCCUUCUCAAAGUUGUUUCAUGUCAUCGGUGGAUCUGCACACUCAAUAUUCCUACCAGGCGAUGAUUCCGGAGGCAUUUGCAAUUGUAUUGGCACCAACUGAUACGUCAAGGAGCUGUGGACUCUUUCGCAUAACCGAACCUGAUGGGAUGAAUAUUCUAAAAAAUUGUCCGGAGAGAGGAUUUCAUCCGCACAAAGAACCAGAUAAUGGGAACCCUGUGUAUGAGCACUGCUCCAAUGUGUACAAAAACUCCAAUCUAAGCUCUGCUUGCAUCAGAAUCUACUCAUGAAAUGCACUUCUAAUCACAGAAAGUUGACAUUAUUACUGUGAUUAGUUAUUGCCUUUUUCGAAACUUGGAAAUUGACGCAAUACACAAUCUAAACAUUAAAAUGAGUAAUGUUUUGGCCGCAUGAAUUUUAAAUGAACAAGCAUAUAUGUGUUGAGACUUUGAGUUACAGUACCCAGAUUAGUCUUGUGCAUUUUGGUGUUGAUAUUGAUAUGUCUAGCUUCGGUCUCCAGCUUCUGCAACUCCUUCAUCUCGUUCUCAAGCACGUUUAAUAUCAUAACUAGCUAGAGUAUAUGGUGUUUCCCAUCUGAGCCAAGGCGAUAUCAGCAAGUGUCAUCAUUCCUUUAGAUGACAAACAUUGUAGAGUCUAAAAACAAUAAAACACAUGCCAGCUCCUCCAACUCCAUUGUGAAAUUAGAUCAAAUGCAUUUGUCACUUAUCAUCUUAUUUUAUUUUUAUAUUUACUGGUGUUGCUAGAUCAUAAACAAAAUUGUGGAAAUUAUAGAGGGAUUAAACUUAUGUGUCAUAUAAUGAAGUCAUGGAAAAUAGUGAUUGAACAGAGACUAAGAAAAAAUACUCAAGUCACUUUGAAUCAAUUUGGUUUUAUGCGCAAGAGGUCGACCAUGGAAGCGAUAUACCUACUACGACGGUCGAUGGAGCUGUAUCUAAUGGACUAACAAGACUUGCACUUAAUUUUUAUUGACUUAGAGAAGGUAUAUCAUAGAGUGUGCAGGGAGAUUUUGUGGAAAACCUUAGAGAAGAAAAGACUUAGAAAUGUAUAUAUUCGAACUAUCUAAGAUAUGUAUGAAGAGGUAUCUGUUGAAUAAACUUUAAUGUUAGAAUUAAUAGGUUUUAUUAAUAAGUUAAAUGGAGAGAUUUAGAAGGUCAAGAGACAGUAGACAAGUUAAUAGUAUUUACAAUUAUGUUUCCUAGAAUAUCAAAAGUUUCUGAAUAUGUAUAAAGACCAAAAUUGUACUCAAUAAAAAUACAGACGUUGCAAUUGA